UAAGUAAACGAGUUUUAGUCAGACAUGCCGGAAGCAGAAUCCUAGCGCCCGGAGGGGGGGUUCCGUUGGUAGCGCUCGAACGGGGCCGGCGGCAGGGCGGGCACUAACCGCAGAAUGGACGAGUGAGGCACGCUAUCCAUUAAAUUGACCUCUCGCAGCAAAACACUUAUCGGCUAUCUCCUCCCUUUUUUUACAAAUGUCCUCCCAUUCCAUCAUGUAUGCUGGAACUCCUGCUCCCGGGCAAUUGCCCGGCCAUUGACAAUAAGAGCAGGGAUAAUAUGGAUUGUUUUUGUCAAUGCAAGCACCCAUUUCACGGUCUCGCCAAAUUACUCUCUCGUUACUCUUGUCUCUUCUCCGGAUCCACGAAAUCCCGUCAUCUUUGGCGCAGCCUGCGGAGUGGGGGACACAUAUCAUCAAAUGAGUCUGAUGGGUCGAGGACGCAGGUCACCCGCAAUGAUACCAGCGCGUUGUGGUUGUGCGUGACCACCAAUAUUGGUAGUAUUCACUGGUACAACGUUGGAUGCACACAAAGCCAUUCGGGCACAUGGUGGGUUCGCCCCAGCAAUCCUUCCCCAGCAAUCCUCUUUCAUGUAGGACCUUUCCCGGACCUUGAAAGUUCAGUGAGUACGCAUCGCCGUCCUGGAUCUGAAGCCCCGGGAAGCCGUCGUGGUGGCCGAAGCUAGGCUUGCGCCCGCCGACGCGGUGCUCGUCGUCCUUCGUGCCGCGAAGUCGCGGCUCGACCUGCGUACGAUGGUGUGUGGACUCAGGACGCGAUGAUGAUUCAGCGCGAAGCGCCGUGAAAUUUGUAUCGCACGGAACGCGACCUCGGGGAGCGCGGCCGUGGCGGCAAGAGCCAGCGCAAGCACGCUGGACUUCAUAUUGCAGCACUUCUCUACCUGUGUUUGAGAAAACCGCUGUCCGCGCGACCAGUCAUCGACGCGUACCAAACGCGGCGGCCACUUUGCUGGCGACCACCCGUCGGCACGUAGAGUUCUCCAAACGGGUGCCGCGCUAACGUCGACGGUCAUCCAUUAGCGAAGACGCGGUCUAUAAAAUAUCACACUGCGCAAGACCGGCAAUAUCUGCUCACGGACGACCGCGUUUGCGCUCGUUUUCGCGGUUCACACCAAAAGUGUUACCCGUAGGUCGAGCCUGUUAGCUCGAACGGUAUCAAACCCUUCACGAAGGCGCUCAAAUUGGUCAAUGUGGGCGGCUCUGGCACCACUGGCUGGCUGGCUAGUAGCACGGG